CCGGGUCCGGCAGCCGUAGGCUGAAAACGUGGUGUGAAAGCAACCCAACCUAAACCACAAACAGCAUUUUCGAACAUGGGUUGUUUUAACCCUUUGUAAUCCUCUACCAAUCUGCAUUGCAAAACUACAAUUACCAUCCAUGCUGGUAAUUGUAGUUUUGCAACGGCACGUACGGAAAAGUGUCCUGUAGGACUAAUGUGUGUAACAAUGCUAGGUGUCCAUGGCGAUUUUUGGGAAAUGAUCCCAUUUGUUGAUGCACCUUUUAGGAAAUGCGAUGUGUCAAGAACGCUAAAAAGAAAAAUCCAAUAAAGUUGGAUGUUCUUUUGCAGUUAUGGUGGCAAAACAAUUUGGACUACCCCCUCCGCACUAAGGCUAUGUUCACACAGCAGGAAUAUUCCGUUCGGACAUUCCACUGAUUUCAAUGGGAUUCUGCUCCAGUGUACACAUGGAGUCCGCAAAAACAUUGAUCCGUUCAAUGUUACAUUGCGCAUUUCCGAGCUGUCCCAGUGCCACAGAAUCAAGCAAAUGUGCAUAGUGUUCGUCCGUAUUUUCUGGAUGCCCAUUUUCUGCCCAUUUUCGAUCGUGUGGACAUGGCCUUACAAAUUUAUAGGUCAGAGCGUUGAUCCAGGGAUUUAUUCUGAUGCCAUAAUUGGAGUCGGGAAGGAAUAUUUCCCCCUGGUAUGGGGCAAUUCUGGAUCAAAACAGCAGAGACACAAUAGAGAUAGAGGAUGCAAAGAUUGACUUUGGGUUUUUAUUUGCCAUGGACGGCGAUCAAGUUCAAACUCCAAUGAAUCAGACGAGGCCAUCGACAGCCGGGCUGAUAGAACUGCAUGUCUAUCUUGUGCCAGAAGAUUUAUGGAACCCAAAAUUAAAUAAAGUUUCUCUCGAUGUGAUCUGGAAAUUUAUUUCACUUGGAUUUAUCAGGGUACAGCCUGAUAUGAAGCUACGGACGCUGAGAGACAGCCUUUCUGAAUUCCUUGGAGAAGAUACUGUCACAGACAAGUUUGUGUUCUUGAAAAGUGUUGGGAGCAGUCUCGCUGUGGUAAAGUCAAGGCAAGAAUAUGAACUGAAGCUUAAGUCCUUUUCUCCACCAUAUGCACGAGAACCAGAAUUAUAUCUACUCACUGGGAUCAAUAAUGAAGGAAGUGUAUACGGAUCCACGAUCACACCAGAUCAGCAUCAGUUUCAGGCGGAGUAUUCCGCCUCUGAACAGUCUGAGGCGCGGGCUGACGCUAUCAAUGAGGAAAAGAACACAGUUCAGCCCAUUGAGGAGAAAAAUACAACCGUAUCCCAACCAGUCCAGGAUAGAGGCAGAAACUACAUAUGGAAUAGGAAGAGACGGGACGUUGUGCCAGUUCAAAGCCAGAUACAAUAUCAAGUUCAGAUUGAGAACAGCAAUGGAUUACCUCUGGUGAAUGGAAACAUUUCCAAUAUCCCAAGCACAAAGUCAGAAGUCAUUUUUAAGGACACCAUUAAUUUAUUGGGAAGAAACACGACUGGUGAUUCUGGGAUUGAAGAUUCUAUCCUGGGUGUAGAAACUGAGCAUUCUCAACGGAAAAGACAAGAAAAACUUGUUAAAGAAAAUCCUGCAAACAGACAAUCAAAGGAUCAAAAUAAUCAGUUUGGUGAUACUUCUUUUAGACAUCUAGCAGAGCCAGCUCACUACCAGCCUCCGCCGCCUCCACCACCUCUACUAGAUUUCCCGACUAUUGAAUCUCCAAAAUCCCAGAUUCCUUCACACAGUGAAACAAUUCUGGAAGAGUUAAAUAUGGUAAAAGAGGAGCGGAUCCAGAUGGAAAAAUCCAGAGAGGAACUAAUAAAACGAAUAAAGUCUUUGCUAGAGCAACACAAACUCAGACGCCAACAAGCCAGAGAUUCCUGGAAAAAAAAGUAUUUUGAAACCAAGAAAGAGACGUCCGUUCUAGAAGAGAGACUGAACAAACUUCGAAACGAGAUGGACGCCUAUUACCAGAGGCUCCUGACACAGCUGGCAGCGCGAGACAGUAAGAAACGGGCAAAACACCCGACACUGGCCGCCAAUUCUAAGAAUUCUUUAAUAAUGACAAUAACCACGAAACAACAGGAACUGGAUCAGCUGAAACGCAAGGUGGACAAUGCUAGGAUCAAGCUGGUCAUCGAAAUUAAGAUGCGAAAGCAGGCGUCUUCUGAUCUGAGCGUUCUGAAAGCGGAAUUAGCGCAGAAAAAAGCGCAGUCUGGGUUGUCGAGUCCAUUGUAUGCAGUAUGACGCACCAUCCGUGUCUCCUGGACUGACAUUAUCCUGGAGACAUAGUAAUGGACGGUAUUCUACACGGAUACACUUUUUUUUACAAAUCUAAUUUAUUUUGGCAGAAGACUGAAAAUAACGAAGGGUCAUGGGACUGUAUGAGACAAAUUUUAUGUGUCUUUGCCUCUUGGACCGAUGUUUAAAGGGGUUAUUCAGGGAAAAAAACUUUUUUAGAUAUAUAUCGACUGGCUCCAGAAAGUUAAACAGAUUUGUAAAUUACUUCUAUUAAAAAAAUCUUAAUCCUUUCAGUACUUAUCAGCUGCUGAAGUUGAGUUGUUCUUUUCUGUCUAAGUGCUCUCUGAUGACACAUGUCUCGGGAACUGUCCAGAGUAGAAGCAAAUCCCCAUAGCAAACUCCUCCUACUCUGUGUGUAGUUCCCGAGACAAGCAGAGAUGUCAGCAGAGAGCACUGUUGCCAGACAGAAAACAACUCCACUUCAGCAGCUGAUAAUUAUUGGA